AAACGUCAAAUAUUUUGUGCACCAGUGCACGUGUAAAUUAGAGGAAAAAUAGUUGUUCAAAAUUGUGGAAAAAAUGACCUCAAAAGUGAAUAAAAUGUUUGAUAGUGACUCAAAUUCAGAUCCUGAAGAUCUUACCUUCUCUACCAAUGCAAAAUUUGCAAAAUCCUAUGAUAGAUCUCGACGAAAGGAGCUGCUGAAAAAAUUGAAAACGGCUGAAAUGGAAUCAGAGGAAUCUAGCAGUGAGUCUGAUGAUUCAGAAGAAGCUGAUGGAUUUGCUGAUGAAGAAUUCGAUAAGACUUUCUUUAGCACUUUGGCUUCCAUCAAAGCGCGCGAUCCAAAAAUCUACCAGAAAGACGUGAAUUUCUUCGGGGAGAUUGAUCUGAGCACCAGGAAACGCUCCAAGGAAGACAAACCCAUCACCAUAAGGGAUUUAGAGCGGAAGGUUUUGGUGGAACAUGGAGGUAUGUUUGAAGAAAAUGAAAAUAAACAGAGCAGUGUUCCAGUGUUGACUGAGGAACAGAAGGAGGACAAGAAGAUGUUCCAGAAGUUUUUCAGUGACAGUGAUGGUGAGGAUGGGGGUGCUGAGUCCUUGUUUAAAGCUAAGAAAAUGGAAGAGAUUGAUGAGGGGGAAAAGGGAGAAAUCAAUCCGGACAUUGUAAAACCAAUUGCUGUCUUCUGGAAUGAUCCGAAUAUUUCGAAGGAGGAGGCUUAUUUGAGGGAUUACAUUCUGAAGAGACGUUUCAAAGACGAUGGGGAUGAAGAGGACGGUGGAGAUUUGUCUGAAGAUGAGGCAGAUUUGGAGAAACAGGCUGAAUUUGAGCAAAAAGUGAAUUUUAGAUUUGAAGAACCCGAUCAGGAAUUCAUCAAGAGAUUCCCACGGACAAUUCCGACAUCCGUGAGGAAUGUCGAUGACAAGAGGAAGAAAAAGAGGGCUGAGAUCAAGGAGAGAAAAGCAAGAGAGAAGGAAGAAAGGCGCAAGGAGAUUGAGAAACUGAAAGAAAUGAAGAAGAAAGAGAUUGAGGAGAAAAUCAGCAAACUCAAGCAAGUUGCCGGAAGUGAAACCAUUGGCUUUGAUGAUGCAGAUUUAUCAGAUGACUUCGAUCCGGAAGAGCACGAUAGGAAGAUGCAGGAAAUCUUCAAUGACGAAUACUACGGCGUGGACGAAGGUGAAGAGAAACCAGAAUGUCCGGACAUUGAGGAUCUCAAAGUCAAAGAUUGGGAUAACUAUGAUCCAGCUGAAGAUGAUGAAGACGAUAUCGAUCCUUCAGAUCCUCACUGUGAUGAUCCGGACUUCAAUAUGGACUGUGAAUACGAUCCAAAAGCUGCCAAGAAGAAUUUUGAGAAGGAAAUGCUGGAAAAUUCCCAAAAUCGAAAACGAAGGAAGCGUCGAAGUAAAUUUGCCGAGGUUUUGCGGCGAGAUAAACCCAUCUUCAAUCCUGAAGAUGAGAAAACCUACUCGGAAUAUAUCGAUGAGUACUACAAAAUGGACUGUGAGGAUGUUAUCGGUGACGUUAAAUGCAGAUUCAAGUACGUAGAAACCGUACCAAAUGAUUUCGGACUGACUGUCGAGGAGAUUCUAAUGGCUAAGAACAAGGAGCUCAAUAAAUGGGCAAGUCUGAAGAAAGCAGUCCAGAUUCGUCCAAAACAUGUGGAAUUAAACGAGGUUCAGCAAUAUCAGAGACGUCGAGGGAAUUGGUUCCUGAAGAAGCAGAUCCUGAAAAGUGUUUAUGGGGAAGAGUCUGAAGGGGAGGAAGACGGCAAGAAACCUCCGGAAACCACCACAGAAGCCAAAUUGAAGCAGAAAAAUGCAAAAACGGAAAAGGUUUCUGAAGAAAAUUCCCCUGAGAAAAAGAAGAAGCUCAAAAAGAAAAGGGAAGCGACCGAAAAAGCUUUUCCGGAAAGCCUUCCAGAAAAUUCAUAUAAACACUCUGUUAAAAUACCCAAGAAAAAGAAGGAUAAACUUACAGAAAUCCCUGAAACAGAAAGCCAGGGAAGCUUUCUGGACAAAACCAACGAAGAUCCUGAGAAAAAACUCAAGAAAAAAGCAAAUAUCCUUGGAAAUAAUGUUUCGGAAACUACAGAAACCCCUCCGGAAGAAUCAAUAAAUGGAGAUUCUGAGAAGAAACUCAAGAAAAAAGAAAAAAUCCCUGUAAAUAAGGUUUCGGAAACUGCAGAAGUGACUCCGGAAGACACAAAUGAAGAUUCCGGGAAGAAGCUUAAGAAAAAGAAAGAAAAACUUGCGAAAAUCCCUGAAACAGUAACCCCAGAAAGCUUUCCGGACAGUACCAAUGAAGAUUCCGGGAAGAAGCUCAAGAAAAAGAAAGAAAAACUUCCGAAAAUCCCUGAAACAGGAACCCCAGAAAACCUUCCGGACAAUACCAAUGGAGAUUUCGGAACAAAACCCAAGGAAAAGAAAGCCAAAAACCCCUUCCAAGAACCUUCCAAAGCCGAGGCAAAUGACAACAAAAAGAAGAAAAAGAACAAACGAAAAGCCGAAGAAAUGACAGAAAAUCAAAAAUCACAAAAUCCUCGGAAAAAAUUCAAAAUGUCCGAAAAACCGUUCCAAAGCCCCGAAAAAAAGAAAUCAAAACCGGAAAUUAUCGAUUAUGAAACAGCUCAAGGGAAAUUUGCCAUCAAUGAAAGCCGUUUGAUGGCUUUUGGAAUAAAUCCCAAGAAGUUCCGAAGCAAAGUAAAAUACGGCAAUAAUGCAAAUAACAAUACCAAGAAAUUCCAAAAGAAUCCCACAAAAGCUUCCAAAAAGAAGAAGAAUAAGAAUAAAUUUCCGAAAAAGACAAAUUAA